AUGUCAAACAAUAUUUCAACUGAGGACUCCAGCGUAUCCAUGGAUACCAUACAGCCAUCCGACUAUAAUCACAAAAACGACUACCAGGGGUCCGGAAUUCUAGAUUCGACGUCAGCAUUUGCGAGCUGCCCCGUCUGCUGGGGAGAGUCCCCCCCAUCCGAUUUUGUCACAAUGCCAUGCCAUCACAAGAUGCAUGCGGCGUGCAUAGAUCGUUGGCUGGACACAAGCAAAAACAAGGACUGCCCCGUGUGUCGCCACAGCCUCAAGCACACAUGCAGCCACGCCAUUUCCGGCGCUGAUCUCGUUCCCGGAGCCAUAAUCAAGCAAGGGCUGCUGAAGGGAUUCUGCAAUACUUCAAGGUGCAACCUAUUCGACACGUUUACCAAUUUGCACGAAUUUGUCUCUUGUCGAAAUGAAAUGGAUCAGUAUCUGAAAUCUAUUGAGCUGGAUGAGACCGAUAAGCGCAGGAUGCAAGGGAGGACGAGAAGUACGGCUUAUUGGAACGAAGAUAAUUACGUCACAGCGGACGCAAUUUGGGACGUUGAUGGUUCAGGUACUGGCGCCGAUUUAUACGGCAGUGAUUUCAAUGUCGAUGACGAUACAGACGAUGAUGCAGGCUACGGCUCAGAAGAUGAUUCAGACGCCUACUCAAUUGACGAUUCAUAUGUCGGCUCAGAUGUCGGCUCAGACAUCGAUUCUGACUACGAUGCCUCGUACCUUCUCAUUACCCCCGAACCUCAGGGUCAGGAGCAGGUGAGGCCUCUUGACGAAGAGAGCGGCGACGACGAGUACUGGCUUCGAUACUCCGAGUGGGUCGAGGACCUUCGCAGAAAAGAACCUUGUCCUAAUGUCGUCACGCCCAUCCUAUCUGAAUUGUUAGGUCCAAAUUGGAACAGCAAAAUUUCUCUAAAUGAAGUGUUCGACGGGCUUGGAGAUAGCGUGCCGGCGCGCAAUCCCGAGCUUGAUCGCGCGCAAGACGAACUAUCAUAG